AUUCACUCAGAUUGGGCUUUUAGAAAACCCAACCCACGCCGCGCCGCGGGGCCUCUUACCAGCUUCCCAAAUCCCAGGGGCAAUGUCAGCCCACGCCGACGCCGGCGCCGGCGCCGGCGGCCGCCGCCGCGGGACCCUUGCUAAGGUCGCCCUCUCGUCAGUGUCGGCCGCCAUGGCGGAGGCCUCCACCUACCCCUUAGACGCAGUCAAGACGCGCCUCCAACUCCACCGCAACCCCGGCGGCGCGCCCGGGCGCGGCGUAAUCCGGGUCGCGGCCGAGCUCGUCCGCGAUGGCGGGGUUUAUCGGGGCUUCUGCCCCGCCGUCCUCCGCCACCUGAUCUACACCCCGCUUCGCAUCGUGGGGUACGAGCAUCUUCGCUCCACCCUCGCUAGCGAGGGGCGGGAGGUUGGACUUUCUGAAAAGGCGCUCGCUGGGGGACUCUCCGGCGUUGCCGCGCAGGUGGUGUCAAGCCCUGCUGAUCUCAUCAAGGUAAGGAUGCAAGCAGACAGCAGGAUGUUGAGCCAAGGCAUUCAACCACGUUACACUGGAAUGGCAGAUGCUCUCACUAAAAUCAUACGAGCGGAGGGUUUCCGGGGACUUUGGAAGGGGGUUGUUCCAAAUGCACAGAGGGCAUUUCUUGUCAACAUGGGUGAAUUGACGUGCUACGAUCAUGCAAAGCAUCUCAUCAUUCACAAGGAGAUUUGCUCUGACAACCUUUAUGCCCACACAUUGGCCUCUGUCGCGUCGGGGCUGUCUGCGACAACUUUGAGCUGCCCAGCGGAUGUAAUCAAAACAAGGAUGAUGAACCAGGGGAAGGAGGGUAAAGCUAUGUACAGGAGUUCUUACGAUUGCUUGGUCAAGACUUUGAGGCAUGAGGGCGUAACGGCACUGUGGAAGGGUUUUUUGCCAACAUGGGCAAGGCUUGGCCCGUGGCAGUUUGUGUUCUGGGUUUCCUACGAGAAGCUGCGCCAAGCAUCAGGCAUUUCGUCAUUUUGAUAAUGGAGGGUUUUUGUUUCAUUCCAGAGGCUUUUAGAUCACAGAAAUGUUCAUUCCUGCAACUUCAUGGUAGCUUUAUAGGAUCGAACCCUUUUCAUGCUGGUUUACUGGACUGCGGGCUUUUAUCCUUCGCUGUUUUCAAGGGGGGAAACAGACGAAGUUGCUAUGCCUCAUUGUAUUUUUGAGUUUUUGACAAUAUACAGGACUCUUGGACAGUUGGAUUCCACAAAAAACCGAUACUCUCAUCUUUGCUCCUUUUGCACUUAACAAAAUUGCUUGCUCAA